AUGGCAUCAUCCCAAUCGCCCGAUGAAGCACGGCCUGAAACAGCAACGACAGAAUCCAAAGAACAAGUGGUGGCACCCAUAUCGCCAGACGAAGCGCUCCCGGAAACGUUAACGGCAGAAUCUAAAUCGCUCGAUGAAGCGCGCCCGGAAACAUUGACAACAGAAUCCAAAGAAGAAGCGACGACGUCCAAGUCGCUCGAUGAAGCGCGCCCGAAAACAUUGACAACAGAACCCAAAGAGCACGAGAUAGCAUCCACACCGCCGAACGAAGAUGCUCAACCAGAAGAGAUUGCGACCAUUGAAGAGACCACCCCCAGCCGGCCGCACCUCUUCCACGGGACCCCAAGCCAGAUGGAGACGCAGUACGUCAACAUGCUGCUCGCAAAGGACAAAAUCCACAUGAUCUACAACGCACUCGCGGGGUUUUUCACGUGGAUCCUUCUUGCGGGAUUCAUCUUGUUCCCGGGCACCUUCACGAGUUUGCAGAGUGCCAAUUUGGGGUCGACGGGAAAGGAGGUGUUGGAUGCCAUUAAAUACAUCAUUGGGUGGGCGUGCUGUGGAAUUGGCGGUUUGGGGAUGCUGUGGCUUUGGUGGAGGUGGAGGAACAACUACAUCUGGCUGGUGGACAGGAUCUUCUUACCAGGCUUCCUUAACUCCCUCGCAGGUGUCAUAUCGACACUUACCAAUACGUUAGGAGUGCAGCACAGAACGUUUUCGGCCAGUGCCAGGAUAACGCUCAUCAUCACUUCCUCCGUAACAGUAGCAUGCGGGAUGUUGGUCGUUGCGUAUAGCUUCUGGAUGUUGAGACGGGUGAAGAUAAAGCACGAUAGGCACAUUGGUACAAUGAGAGUUGGAAGAUACGGUGAAGGGAAAAUUGAGCAGAUGAAUGUUCAUGGUGAGCAGGGAGUAUAG